ACACCCAGCAUGCACAGGGGCCAGCAGGUCAUCUUGCUGUUAAUAGUGGACAGAGUGAAGAUGGGUUAACAUUCCAAUAAUGAGGCAGAGUGCUUGGUAACUGUAUCCUUCCCGGAGCUGGGCUCAGUUGAUAGCAGCUGAUGUUAAGACAUCAAAACAAUUCACAAAGAACUGACUCACUGUGGGGGGAGGGGGAGGAAGGCACCCUAUCAGUUUGGCUCUCACUUAGCACUCAAGAUUCAUUUCCUCUUCGAGUCUUGUCAAUUUCAGUUUCCAGUUUCAUUUUCUCUUUCCUAAAGUUUAUUUAGGCAAAGGAAUCUGGUGAUGCAUUCAUAUAUAGGUCUCUUAACACUCCAACUGAAGCAGAGAAGGAAGAUUUCUGAAGAGCGCAGUAGCCUGAACUGCAGCCUUUCAGAACAGCUGAGAAGUGCACGGCAAUCAUGAGUGAGACCACCAAGAACUCCUUGGAGCAUAGUCUACAGCAGCUCAAGAGCCAUUUCACCUGGAACUUGGUAGAGGGAGAACAUUCUUUGGAUGGUUUUGAAGACAGAGUAUGUAACCAGAAUGAGUUUCAGAACAGUGAAUUCAAAGCCACAAUGUGCAACAUACUGGCCUACAUAAAACACCGCAGAGGCCAGCAUGAGGCAGCCCUGGAAUGCUUACGGCAAGCCGAAGAGUUCAUCCAGCUAGAGCAUGCUGACCAGGCAGAGGUCAGAAGCCUGGUCACCUGGGGAAACUACGCCUGGGUCUACUAUCACUUGGGAAGAUUCGCAGAAGCUCAGCUUUAUGUAGACAAAGUGAAACAAGUCUGCCAGAAGUUUUCCAGCCCCUACAGAAUUGAGAGUCCUGAGCUGGACUGUGAGGAAGGGUGGACACGGUUGAAGUGUGGAGGAAACCAAAACGAAAGGGCCAAGGUGUGUUUUGAGAAGGCUCUGGAGAAGAACCCCAAGAACCCAGAGUUCACCUCUGGACUGGCCAUCGCGAGCUACCAGCUGGAUAACAAGCCACCAUCUCAGAAUCCCAUUAACCCUUUGAGGCAAGCCAUUCGGCUGAAUCCUGAUGACCAGUAUGUCAAAGUCCUCCUGGCCCUUAAACUUCAAAAGAUGAAUAAAAAAGAUGAAGGAGAGAGAUUAGUUGAAGAAGCUUUGGAAAAAGCCCCAUUGGCCACAGAUGUGAUUCGAGGGGCAGCAAAGCUGUAUCGAAGAAAAGGUGACUUGGACCAAGCUAUAGAACUCCUGAGAAAGGCUCUAAAAUGCAUGCCCAACAACAUCUACCUGCAUUGCCACAUUGGGUGCUGCUAUAGGGCCAAAGUCCUGGAAGUAGAGAAAAUGGGUGGGGAGAGAGAGGAAUUACAGGAACUAAUAAGACAUGCUAUAGAUCAUUUAAAGAGAGCUGAUGAGAGUAAUGGAAAUUUCUUCCGUAUCAGCUCCUAUCUUGCCUGCCUCCAUGCACAAGUCGGUCAGUAUGAAGAAGCAGAGUGUUACUUUCAAAAAGAAUUCAGCAAAGAGCUUCCUCCUGCAGCCAAACAACUGCUCCACCUGCGAUACGGCAACUUUCAGCUGUACCAGAGGAAACAGGAAGACAAGGCCAUCCAGCAUUUCAUAGAGGGUGUGAAAAUAAACCAGGGAUCAAAGGAGGGAGAAAAAAUGAAAAACAAACUGCAAAAAUUUGCCAAAAUCAAGCUCUCGAAAAACAGAGCGGAUCCUAAGGCUUUGCAUCUCUUGGCGUUUCUUCAGGAACUGAAUGAAGACAUGCAGCCAGCAGAGGAAAACUCUGAAAACCUCAUCCCUUUAGCAUCUUUAGCUGAGGAAUGAGGACCUGGAAUGUGGUACCCAUAGGGCUACUGCUAGAAGGGAGCUGAAACCCCUCCACCAAGUUGGUAUUCAAAAUAUUUAACAAUUGGCAUAGGCGUGGACUUAGACCCUGGCCACACAGUAGUACUUGAUCAAGGUUAGAAAGGAACUCUGCUGGGCCAGUGUUUAGAGAUCUAAAUUGUGUUCUGGGAGGGGGACUGGACUGGGCGCAGGUCCAGGGGCUCAGUAAAGGGGCUAUUUCCCAACUGACCUCUUGGGAACAGUUGACAUUCCCUCUGUCGAGUGAUAUCAUGGCUAUGUUUCUAUAAAGUAAUCAGAUGUCUCACACCUGUAACACUGUGGUCCCUUUCAGCAAUGUUUUUCCGUCUUUGGAGUCAUUUUAGAUCCUGUACAGGUUGGUCCUGUGAUACAGUUCAGGGCAGUCUUCCCUCAAAUAUGCCAAAAUGGCAUUUUGAUUAUUUUGAAGUUAUUACUUGAGAAAACAGCCAGUGCAAGGAGAACACUCUGACCCUCCUCUCAGAGCAGGAAAUAAAUCUUCCAUAAGAAAAGUACCCUCACUAUGCCAGGAGGCAGAGAGACAUCCUUGUCACUGGCCGUAGGGAAUUGAGGGCUGGGAAGGCUACAUAAACCAGCUCUGCUUAGCCUCUCCACUAAUUAGUACCCAAGCCCAAGUUUCUUUGCCUUGCCAGUUCCUCAUGAAUUUAUUAUUUCUUUGUCUAAAAGCUGCCAGGUUUGGUCACUUCUUAGGCUGUAUACUAGGAGACCUGCAUAUGUAUGAAAUUAACUUAGAUUUUCUCCUGUUAAUUUGUCUUGCAUCGAUUUAAUUAUUAGAUCAGCCAGAAGAACCCUGAAGGGUAAGCAGAAAUUCCCCCUUCCCAACACCCUGCACAGACACUAAUGUGCUUUGUCCAUCCAAAGGCUGGGGGAUAGAAGAUUGGGGAGGCCUGGGGGUCCUCUCUCCCUCCCUUCUGCCUUCUGCCCCACCUCCCCAGACAAGUCUUAAUCUAGGACUGUUUAUACAAACUCUAUACAACAUGAGUUCAAGCGUCCCAUUAACUGAAGGGAGGAAAGAGGUUUUUAAACACACACACACACACACACACACACACACACACAAACAAAAAAAAA